AAUCCUGUGCCCACUCUUGUGUCCUCAGUUACUCGGCUGGGGGUCUGCGGAUAUUCUGUGUGAAGUGAUCACAGAGCCGAGAGUUUGCGUGCCUCACAUUCCAGAGUCAUGAUCCAGUCUCCAAGCUGACGGUCUUUACCCAUCAGGAUUUGUGUCUGGGGCGGUACAACAGACGCGGGGUCGAUUGGAAAAGCAAGAACUUGUAUUUACAUAGCGCCUUCCACAGCUUCGGGACGUCCCAAAGCGCUUUGCAGUCAAUGAGGCACUUUUGAAGUCGUCACUGUUGCAGUAUAGGAAGGCUACAACUUUAUAAAGAUUUUGAAAUUGUCAGUAUGCAAUGUUGUCCUUCAGUCCAUCGUUUUUGCAAAUCAAGUUUGAUGAUUUGCAAUUCCAUGAAAAUUGUGGUGGAGGGAGUUUCGGCAGUGUCUAUCGAGCAACAUGGUUGUCUCAGGACAAAGAGGUGGCUGUCAAGAAAUUGUUAAAAAUAGAAAAAGAGGCUGAAAUUUUGAGUGUUCUCAGCCACAGAAACAUCAUUCAGUUCUACGGAGCUGUCCUAGAGUCACCCAACUAUGGCAUAGUAACUGAAUAUGCUCCCGGAGGGUCACUGUACGAUUAUCUGUCCAGUGCUAAAGGCGAAGAAAUGGACAUGGAUCAAAUUAUGACUUGGGCAACAGAUAUUGCUAAAGGUAUGCAUUAUUUACAUAUGGAUGCUCCGGUGAAAGUAAUUCACAGGGAUCUCAAAUCUCGAAAUGUGGUGAUUGCUGCAGACAGAGCAUUAAAGAUUUGUGAUUUUGGAGCCUCAAGGUUUCACUCCCAUACAACACACAUGAGCCUGGUGGGAACCUUCCCAUGGAUGGCACCAGAAGUCAUACAGAGCCUGCCAGUGUCUGAAACCUGUGACACAUUCUCCUAUGGUGUGGUUCUUUGGGAAAUGCUGACUAGAGAGGUCCCAUUUAAAGGCCUUGAAGGCUUACAAGUGGCCUGGCUAGUAGUGGAGAAAAAUGAGAGAUUGACCAUUCCGAAGGGCUGCCCUGCCAGUUUUGCAGAACUACUGCACCAGUGCUGGGAAAUGGAUCCCAAAAGAAGGCCAAAUUUUAAGCAGAUCUUAGGGAUUCUUGAGAUUAUGUCACAUGACAGCAAACUUCCGGACCAGUGCAAUUCCUUCUUGCACAACAAGGCUCAGUGGAGAUGUGAAAUAGAGGCCACUUUGGAAAGACUAAAGAAACUUGAACGAGAUCUGAGCACAAAAGAACAGGAGUUGAAGGAACGAGAAAGGCGUUUGAAAAUGUGGGAGCAAAAGUUGGUGGAACAGUCAAGUGCUCCUUUGCUGCCAUCCUUAGAUAUAUAUUCCUGGACAGAGGAGGACGUGUGUUUUUGGAUGGACCAACUAUUAGACAAAGGUGACAUAUGUUGUGGCAUGAAAGGUUAUGCUGAACUGUUUAAAAAUCAUCACAUCACUGGACGAAGGUUACUUUUGCUAACAGAACAAGAUAUGAACGACAUGGGAAUACAAUCCAAAGGACAUAUUAUUCAUUUAAAGACUGAAAUUGAAAAACUGACCCUUGACUACUUGAAUCUAUUUCACUUUCCUCCCUUAAUCAAGGGUGAUGAUUCUGAGGAAGAAGAUGCCAGAGAAAAAAUAGUGAAUCUGGAUCUGCUUUUCGGCUAUCAUUUAAAACCAGGGAGAGGAUCUCAGGAUUCUAAAUGGAAAAUGUAUGUGGAAGUGGAUGGUGACGAUGUUGCAUUGACCUACAUCAAGGAUGUAACUUUCAAUGCUAAUCGGCAAGGUACAGAUGUAAUUAAAAUAACCAAGCCUCCCUAUCUAAUGGAGAAGUGGAUUAUGGGAAUUAGUGAGAACCAGAUUGUCGAAUGUAUUGUUACUUACGAGAAUGAUGUCAAAGCUCCGAAAACAACCAAGCACCACCAUACUGUUACACUGAAUACUUUGAAUACUGAAGUGAAGGAGGUGGUGCUAGUCAUCCAAACCAUGUCAACAAACACAGAAAUCAAGUUUCAGAGCAAAUGCCAGUCAAAUAUUCGUCAACAAUGGUUGAAUGCUUUGAAGUUGCGCAAAAUAUCUACAAGUGACUCUCCACAAUAUUCUACAAUUUUACCUCCUAACCAUAGCACUUCCAGUUCCAUGACACUACCUCAGUUUUUAACAUUAUUUGCUAAUCAAGAUACUUAUGCUGCAGUUGUAAGACGAGUGCAGAGCCCUAACAGAUAUCACAUAACUACUGCUACGGCUCAAUCCAGACGAAGCUCCAGCCCAUUACCUACAAUACCGGGGUUAAGCAGCCGCCUUUCUACUGUACAUCUGAGUUCUGAGGGAAGCAGCUUAUCAAGCACAACCUCAAACAGCUUUUUGGAAAGAGACCAUAUUACCAGUAGACAAAGCAGUGGCUAUCAGAGUAAUGAUUCCAAUGGUGUCUUGUUUAAUAAAACAACCCAUUCUGAGGGAUUAAGCCACAUUAGGAGAAAAGGAGUUAACCCAAUAUCCAUGCGUGGUAGUAGAAUUGGGGACAAGGAGAAGGACUAUGGCAGGGAGAGAAGCAAAAGCACACCUCUCAGACGUUACUCUGGGUGUCAGUCAUCAGAAAAGAGAUUUACCCAGUCCAACCGUUCUCACCAUGCUAAGUCAUGGGGCCUUGACAGAAACCCACAAAAACUAUUUCAGCAACAUUUAGAUACAGCUAAUAGUGCAGUAUCAGAGGCGUCAGCUGCUAGUGCUUUCAGUACAGAAGACACAGGUGAGGAGAGGCAAAGCAAACAGAAUGGGGGAGAUUGGAUUAAAGUUGAACGGCACAGAAAAUCUCCGAAAAAUGACUCUCUUAAGGUAUCUAGAGGUAGGGGAAGAGGACGAGGAGCAGGACGUGGCCGACAAUUCUGAUAAAGCAUCACAAGAUCAUUUCUGUUUGAGUUAACUGAAAAUGCCAUUUCUAUUUGCACAUCUUUUUAAUCUGUAAUACUUCGAGCAGAUGGAUAUAAUCUGCUAAAGGAGAGCACAACAGAUUAGAAUUGGGAGUGUUUGAAAGAAUAUAAGCCUUUCACUGA